ACAAACCCGCCGCGAUGGCUUCCUAUACCAAAGUGUCGAGGUCUUCACUCUAUGAAUCCGGAGAUGAGCUACAAGACAAUCCAACAUAUAUUCCCGAUUUGAACCUAGAAAUCAUCGAGGUGGAACAUACCGAAGACUUGAAAGAAGAGCAGCCUGAAGACGAGUUUGACUUCCCGUUAUUUUCGUUUGGUUCAGCUCCCUCAUCCCAAAACCAUCUGGUUGGUGAUUCUCAAAAAAGAGGACGAACAGAAACCAAGAUCAUGAAGGUCAAUCUCAGAGAAGAAUCUGUUGAGACUUUGAGGUCGGAAAGGCCUAGUAGUUACUACUUCGCCCAGUACACUGAAGAACAGAGGGCUAAUUUCCAUCUCGUGGCUGUAACUGGAGAAGACAUAUGGAGUCGAGUAGAGUUGGCCACCAGCACAAAUGAUUGGUACCGCCAUCGUAUUCUUGAUGCCGAUGUACACAAUGCCAAUAUAAGUCCAGAAAGACCUAGUAGGAAACGGCCGGGGAAGAAUAAGAGAGAUGGGAGAAUAGAGUCCAAGAAACGUCAGGCUGAAGCAAGAAGAGUACAUAGGGAGAACGAGAGACGUUUGUUAAAGAAGAAGAUGCACAAGCGAGGCGGCAAGAAGAACAAGAAGGCUGCCAAGCCAGUUUCAUGAAUCAUGUAUUAUAGUAUCUUAAUGUACAGUAGAAGAUGAAAUAAAAACGCGAUCGAGUGAAUCGCCAAAAAGUGGACAGCAUGAAGGGCCAGGACGAACUAGAAGAUUUCGAAGCGUUUUUAGAAAAAGACUUCAGCACCUAUAAGUUUGCUAAUGACCUUUUACUUGCUACCAAUGAUCGGGAUACCACGGAAAUCGAUAUAGAUACCAGUAUCAAGAAAUUAACGUUUGAUAUCGACGAGGUGGAAAAGCGAAUGACAAGUAUAUCAUCUCAAAACCACGAAAGUUUGGUGGCCAACUUCAGUGAAAUCGAACAUACCAACAAUGUGAUAAAGCAGAAGAUUACUCCGCUGCUUGGUCGGGUGAACGGGCUGUUUCAGAAAAUAAAAUCAGAGAUCAUUGAGCCUUUUGAUGAAGCGCAGAAGAUGAACUCAGCAUUGAAAAAGGUCCAUACAACUCUUGACCUUCUCAGAGGGUCCAACUUCUUUUUCCUAUUAGUGCUGCAAGUGGAAGACCUCGAGAAAAGCGUCCAAAAAGACGACAAAACCAAGAAGAAUAAUGACUUGAUCAAGUUGGCUAAAUUGUAUAAACAGAUCACUGAACUCUACGAGAGUGAGAGAACUACCAAAGAAAACGAACUACGAGUGUCGUUGGUAACCAUAAAGAUCAUAAGGGACUAUCAAGUCGUACACAUUAACAAAAACCACCAAUUGGUCAAUACUUGUAUGGAAACCAUAGUCAACGAGUUCAGCCAUAAUACUACUUUUACUACUGCCAAUAUCAAGCUCCAACACAAUUUAAUCGCAUACUAUAUCCUUCAAAGGGACCGGUUCUUGGACACUCUUGAACGGGCUACCAUAGCCAAGCAUGUCAAUACCAUUUCGAGCCAGCUCUCUCGGUCCCUUCAGUCUCCUAGAAACUUUAUCGUGAUCUUGAAAGAAGUGAAAACUGCCAGUAUGGACUUUUUGCUGAAGUUGACAACUAUUUUGCAAAGCUGUGAAAUAUACCGUCUCGAAAACACAACCACAUUGUACCGAAUACUUUUAGAAGAAUUUGGGAGCCAGUCUCUUGAACAAAUUUACUGGUCCAAAUUGGUUGCUAGAUUCAAAAAAGGUAUUGCUUCAACAAUGGCUAGAGGUGGGCCUAUUGCAAAGAAUUUGAAAACGUAUCAACCAGGCAUCCAAAACUCAUUAAAAGAGACUUUCAACAGCUCUGAAGAACAUGAACAACUUGAUUUAUUUCUUGAUGCGGUUGAGUUGAUAUCACUAGGUCGUUAGUUUACACAUGUAUAUUUUUUUAGGAAAAGAUAGUAUUAAAAUCCAUUAUUGGCUAACUUUGCCUUUUAAAGUGUUCAAAAACUCUCUGUAAGCUUGGUCGCUUCCGGUCUUAUCCUCGACCAAACAGCUAGUAGCCCACAUUCUCAAGGCCAUCAAAUCCCGCUGGGUAGUGAUCUCCAUCGGUUCAUGGGACGAUCCUCCAACCACCACAUACAAGUUUUUCCAAGUGAUUUGGUCUUUUUGUUCUCUCAACUUGCCGAUGAUUUGACGAACUCUGUAGUUGAACUCUGAUUCCUCAAACGAAAACUCUGGUAAUUGAGUCUUGCCAAAUGGAAUCGUGUAUAAGUUUUCGGUUCCAAACAAAUCGUGAACCAAUCCAGGUACAACAUCUCCUGAAACCCACAAGAAUAAUUCCGUAGUGUUAUCAAUCAAAUACAAACCAUAGUUUUCCCAGCUAGUUUUAGAGUCAUUUAUAGCUUCUGGUAAUAAGAUGUUGGUCGAGGAAACUGUUUCUUCUUCACCGGUUUCUUCGUUGAUUUGAGUUACCUGUUCAGGCAAUCCACAACCAUCAGGCAUAUCGUGCAAAGAAUAAACCGAUGGAUAAAUGUAUUUGAUCAAAUGGUGGACUGGUAAAGUGGCCAAAUUGUUCAAUGCAAUAGCUCUAUAAUCGGCUGGAACCUUUUCAGCUCUUAAUCCAAUAUGUUUGGUUAAUGAGAACAACAAUAAUGGCAACAUUCUUAAGUUUGUGGACACUUGCAAAGGCGAGGAUCCAGAGAUGUUGCCGGCAACCAACUCCUUCUUGUAAACACUGACGAUAUCCACCAACGAUUUAAUCAACAAAUCUCUAGCAUCUUGCAAAGAGUGACUAAAGGCCUUUUCUACUGCCUUUUGGGUAAAGUAGUUCACAAUAGCUAGUUGAUCAGCAGAAGCAUACACGUCGUCCAAUUUACUGGAAGUAGGAAGGGCCAAGUUAAUCACUCUGAUUCUUCUUUCGCCAAAAUGAGUGGAGUGUAAUACGGCAGCCUGGAAAAAUACCAAUGGUUUGGUGAUGGUUUCUUCUAUGGAUACUUCAAUCACAUAACUUUGAUCUCUGGGGUAGGUUGGGAAAGAGCAUAAGUCGGAAGAUCUGUUAAAAAAGUUCCCGAAGAAUGCACUUCCUCUAACACCGGAAGAAGACCUAACUCUCAACACCGCUUCUAAUGCAAUUUCCAUCGACAAGU